AUGGGCAGGGCUCCGUGUUGCGACAAGGCGAGAGUGAAGAAAGGGCCCUGGUCACCUGAGGAGGACCGCAAGCUCAAGGAGUACAUCCACAAGAAUGGCACCGGCGGCAACUGGAUUGCUCUCCCUCACAAAGCAGGGCUGAAGAGGUGCGGCAAGAGCUGCAGGCUGCGGUGGCUCAACUAUUUGAGGCCAAACAUAAAGCAUGGCGACUUCUCUGAUGACGAGGAUAGAAUCAUCUGCAACCUCUUCGCUACCAUUGGAAGCAGGUGGUCGAUCAUCGCAGCACAGCUCCCUGGGAGGACGGACAACGACAUCAAGAACUACUGGAACACCAAGCUCAAGAAGAAGCUCAUGCACAGCCUUCAGCCCUACACCACCCACAACCACCACAGCUUUACCGUGUCAUCAGCGGCGGCGGCGGUGACGUCGCCAGAAGCUGCUCCCAUCAUGUCGCUGCAGCACCUCUCGUCUCCUCAUGAUUAUUAUCACCUCUACAGCGGCGGCGGCAGCUACGGCUCCAGCAACAGCACGACGUCCCUCCUCUCCGCCGCCGUCGGUAGCCGCGGCCUCCUCCUCAAUGGCGAGCAGCAGGCGACGACGUGUUUGGACAGUGGCGGCGGCCAUGCCAUUUACUUUGAUGAGCCAUGCGCCACCACCAUCAGCAGCAGCGUCCAUGGGCAUGGGCUUGGCGCGGAAACCUUCAUCUUUGGGGGCCUUCAGUCUCAGGAAGAUCAUCAUCAUCACAAGGUACUGCUGCUUGCCGGAUCCGGUACUGCUAACCAGCUGGAUGAACAAUACAACUUUGCCGCCUCCUGCUGCUACGACGAGGAGAAGGCGCCGCCGUCGCUUAGUCUGACGGGCGGCGCCGAUGGUGCCGGUGGUACAAGUAGCAGCUUUUUCUACGACAGCACCUACAGCGAGGACACAGCGACGCGACGACAACGAGAGCUGGUGCCCAAUAAGGCUAGUUCCUGCAUUAAUUAA